AUGUCGAACUUGCAAUAUUUCACUUACCCGGGCUACGGAGAAGAGGCCUUGGAGAAGCACAAGUACUCUCAGGCGGUUCGCAUUGGUGAUCGGAUCGAAUGCUCGGGCCAAGGCGGGUGGGAUCGCGCUACUUCCAAAAUCACUGAAGAUCUUGGCGCUGAAAUCGAUCAAGCUUUCGAGAAUGUCGAUGUUGCCGUCAAAGCUGCGAUCGGGAAAGGAUGGUCGCAGGUUUUCCGCAUGACCACGUACCACGUUGUUCUUAACGAAGAGAUAUACGUCCGAAUGAAGAUGAACAUCGACAAGUGGCUACCGGAUCACAAGCCGAUAUGGACUUGCAUUGGCGUAGCAAAGCUUGCCUUCCCAGGGAUGAAUGUUGAAAUCGAAGUCGCUGCGUAUGACCCAAAAUAG